AAAAAAAAUUCAAGUUAGUUGCUUCCACACUCCGCAGGGCGCAGCCUCCGCUAUCGCCUCAGGUGAGAAGUUCGCCUAGGGCCUCUCAAAAUAUUUGGAAUCUCAGGGCCGGCCCUGCAACAAAGUUCUGGAACUUCUUGCCAAUGAAGCGGCGUACUUCAUCUUUUGUAACCCACAACGAUCGUGUUAUUUGAAUUACUUAUUCUAUUAUUAAGGUUUGCGAAUUUCCGAUUUGAGACGAGUUUUUGGAGUGGUUUAGUCAUGCUGAUACUCCAUUCCUUAUGCAGAAAGGGCUUCAAAGAGGCCAGAUGUAAAACCCUACUAAAAUUGACGAUUCCGCGAGACAAUGCCAAGCUACUUGAGACGGGUCAAGAAGCCACAACUCGCAUUCAGGUGGAGCAUAUUAUAACAGUAGAGAAAAUGAUGGCCACACAAGAAAUAAUGUGUUUUUCCCAUUCAAAUUUCCGUCCCUUUUCGACUCAAUCCCAAAAAUUUCCCGAAUAUGAGAUGCCGUCGGUGACAUGGGGGGUGGUCCAAGGGCGCAAAGAGAAACUCGUUUCGCGUGUAAUUAUCUGUGAUUACUUGAAGAGUUUAGGCAUUGUCCCUGACGAAUUAGAGCAACUGGAAUUGCCAUCCAAUGUUGAAGUAAUGCGAGAGCGCGUCGAGUUUUUACAGAAAAUAGGGCUAACAAUCGAUGAUAUCAACGAGUACCCGUUAAUGCUUGGUUGUAGUGUGCGUAAAAAUAUGAUUCCUGUAUUGGGUUACUUGGAAAAGAUUGGAAUCCAAAGGUCGAAGCUUGGAGAGUUUGUUAAGAAUUACCCGCAAGUCCUUCACGCCAGUGUCGUUGUGGAGCUUGUUCCGGUGGUUAAGUUUCUUCGUGGGCUAGAUGUUGAAAAACAGGAUAUGGGGUAUGUGUUGAUGAAAUACCCCGAGUUAUUAGGGUUUAAGCUUGAAGGAACAAUGAGCACAUCGGUAGCAUAUCUUGUUAGCAUCGGAGUUAAUCCAAGAGAUAUUGGUCCUAUGGUCACACAGUAUCCGUACUUCUUGGGAAUGAGAGUUGGGACUAUGAUCAAACCACUUGUGGAUUACUUGGUUUCUCUGGGUUUGCCAAAGAAGGUGUUGGCAAGGAUGUUUGAGAAGCGGGCAUAUAUACUUGGGUAUGACCUUGAAGAGACAGUGAAACCAAAUGUGGAUUGUUUGAUUAGUUUUGGGGUUCGAAGUGAAGCACUUGCUUUGGUUAUUGCACAGUAUCCACAAAUUCUCGGACUUCCUUUGAAAGCUAAAUUGUCAUCGCAGCAAUAUUUCUUCAAUCUAAAGCUCAAGAUUGAUCCUGAAGGGUUUGCUCAAGUCAUCGAGAGGAUGCCACAAAUAGUUAGCCUUAAUCAACAUGUGAUUAUGAAACCCAUUGAGUUCCUUCUUGGACGGGGUAUACCAGCUGGGGAUGUAGCGAAGAUGGUUGUGAAAUGCCCCCAGUUAGUUGCACUGCAAAUUGGGCUCAUGAAGAACAGUUAUUACUUUUUCAAGAGUGAGAUGGGGAGGGACGUUAAAGAGCUUAUGGAGUUUCCAGAAUACUUUACUUAUAGCUUGGAAUCAAGGAUCAAACACAGGUAUCAGAUAUUACAAAGCAAGGGGAUUAGGUGUUCUUUGGCUUGGUUCCUCAAUUGUAGUGACCAGAGAUUUGAAGAGAGAGUUCAGGGUGAUUAUAUUGAAACAGAGAGUGCAGGACCGUCAUUUUGUAUGGGUGGGAAGUUAGAGUUGCCUGGAAGUGAGAUUGUAUCUGAUGAGGAAGAUGAGAGUGAUGAUGAAAUCCUUUACAGACGCACUGUUUCUCUUUAGUAAAUUUUAUUCUGUCACAUUAAAGAGUCAAUUCUAAUUUAUAAUUUUGUUUA